UGCCCUCAUCAGCCUCUUUCAGACCUGCCUUUAUGUGCACCAGCAGACGGGGGUGCUGGCGAGGACGGGCCGCCAAGCCUGAGCCAGGCUGCCAGCUCCGGGCUGUGUGACUCUGGAAAGGGUGCCUCAACUCUCUGAGCUGCACUUUCACCUACAAAUGAGGGGCAGACUCAGCAGCUGCCAGGCAGGGCAGUUGGACGCCCACCCAGGACAGACCCUGAGAAAGGCUGAUCCCUUGCCCCUGCCAUCCCUCACUGACCCACACAUCGCCCCUUCCUGCCAGGGCAAUAUCCAGGCUCGGCCAGUGUGCCCCAAAACAACAGCUUAGGACCCAUUCUUUGCCUCUCCCUCUGGCAACCCCAGGUCAGGACUCACAGGGGCACAGGGGCACAAGGGCCUGGGGCAGGGUGGGCACCCUCUCCACCGCGGAGGCCCCAUGCUGGGUCAGGGUCUUAUUGGAGGCUGGACUCUGGGAUCACCUCACCUCCUGCAGCCCCACAGUGCCCUCCCUCUCCCACUCUGUCCCGAAUUCCGGUCCGUAGGUUUUUCCAAGAGCUGCACAGCUCUGGAAUUGGCCUGGGAGGGGGCACAUUUGGGCCGGGAGGGGUAGCAACAGCAGCAAACUCUGGUCUUAUCUGGAAUCGUGGUCUGUUGUCCACCGGGGGCCUGGGAACCAGCCACCCCCUUCUGCUCCGGGGCCAGCGGCCUGUCCUCAGGGUCACUGCUAUUUCUGCCAAAGGGGAGAGGUAAUUAUAGCCCGGCCGCUGCCAGCUGGCCCAGCUUUGCGAUCCAGCAGAGAGGGCUGGAGACGGGACGAAGGCCACAACAGACCCGGCCCUGCCAGCGGGCGGUGGCGCCUCCAGACCAGAGCCCUCGGGAAGGAGGCCUGGGCGGGCCUGGCCCGUUCACCUGUGUGCCCUGCAGUUCUGCCCGAGGCUCAUCUCUCAAGGGCCUGGGAGGGGUGCUGCCAGCCAAGAGGGUCCAGGACCUCACUGGACUGUGCCCCACAGGGAGAUCCCGAAGAGCCUGUUUCUGUCCCUCAGGGAGCCAGGAGGGAACCAGGACCAUGUUCCAGUAAAUGAGGACUGCAGCAGGAGCCUUGAGCCCUGACUCCCGGCCAGAGACACGACGUCAGACCAGAAAGAAUGAGGAGGCCACAUGGGGCCCGUGGGUGUGCAGGGCAGAGAGGGAGGACAACAGGAAGUGCCCCCCCUCCAUCCUGAAACGGGGCGGGCCAGAGCACCACCGCCCGGAGGCCAAGCCCCAGAGGACCUUGAGGCGCGUGCGGUUCCGAGAACCCCCAGCGGUGACUGUCCACUACAUUGCUGACAGGAACGCCACAGCCACUGUCAGGGUGCCCGGCCGGCCCAGGCCACACGGCGGCUCCCUGCUCCUGCAGCUGUGUGUGUGCGUCCUGCUCGUGCUGGCCCUGGGCCUAUGCUGCGGCCGGGCCAAGCCCGUGGCAACGGCACUGGAGGACCUGCGGGCCCAGCUCCUCGGCCUUGUCCUGCACCUGCGGCACGUGGCCCUCACCUGCUGGCGCGGCCUCCUGCGGCUCUGACGGGCAGGACGGGCAGGGCUUCCAGGAGAGCUCGAGCACUCCGGGGGCUCGGAGACAGCCUGAGCCUUGGCCCUGCUGCUUGGUGAAUCAUGGGGGCCAAGACGGGCUGCUGCCUGAGGGCUGACUAGGAAAAGGGGGACCCCUUGGCGUGAGAUCGGACAUGGGGGGCACAGCGGGCGGCCCUACCACACUAGUCAGCACAGCCCUCCUGUCUCCUGUGUUGGGUCCGUGUGAGAUUUUAUCAGAGGAUUCGACUGCUAACAGUUGGGGCUCCCGAGGCUCACCCAAAGACCCCUCCCUCGUCCCAGCAGGAACUCCUGCUGCUAGGGCCUGGCCCGGCCAUCGCCGUGUGCACCCUCUUGAGGAGGGGGACACACUGCCUGUGUUUGAGCGGCUGCUUGGAGGAGGCAAACCCAGCCUUUUGCGAUUAUGGCCUGUGGGGAACCCAGACCUCGAAACCCCAUGGGGAGGGAAGGGUCUGGUUGUCAAGGUGGGUCCCUUUGAUGUGAGGUGCCAUCCUCUGAGCCCAGGUCUGACCCCCUACCCAGCCCCGUGAGUCUGGAGAGGCCCCAGGGGAGGACCCCUCAUUGGGGGCGGCUUCAGGUGUAGAAGCUGAGGGGACAGCAAGGGGCCCAGACACCCCUGGCCUUCAGAACAGCCAUCUGUGCCCAGCUCUGCAGGCCAGGCGCACCCAGCCGAGCCUGGGGCCAGCCAGCGCCACCCACCAGCUGGGGCCUGUGGGUCCCGGAGACUGUCUGUGGUUGUGGCUUUGUAGCCAGAUUGCAGAGCUGAAAGGAGCCCUGUGGGUGACAAACACCAGGGGCCUCUCCAGACCCUAUGCAGGGGGAGGGCUGAACAAAGCAGGGAGGCCCACAGUUAGACACCAGGCAGAACUGCCCAGGAGAGACACAGGGACAAUCAGACCAGUGUCCUCGAGGCCAGCCUGAGGCGCAGGGCACGGCCGACGAUCCAUCCGGUGGUUCCUCUCUGUCCCACCACUUAACUGGGAGACACCGUUCUAUUAAAACACACCGUGGCUUCCUUCAGUCUUGGUGUUUUUAUAGAAACGAGAAAGCCAGAACCGAUUUGCUAAGGAAUCGGCCUCAGUGGCCAGAGUGGAUGUCCUGGGCGCCUGGAACCUCCUGGUCUCCUGCAGGCCUGGGAGUGGAUGUGUCCGCUCAGGCAGGGGGCUGAGCAAGCCCCUGGGUCUUGAGGGAUGCCUGCUGGCUCCCUUUGCCCUGCAGUCAGGGUGUGUCCCCACAACUCCCGGUGCCAGGGAACAGGCGAAGUGGUCUCCAGGGUCGCUUCCAGCUUUGGAAUCCAGGGAGCCCAGAGUUGCGGGUGGAGGUAACCAAAGGGGCUGUUUCCAGAAGUGGCCCAGAAGGGACCACGGUGGGGGCUCCCCUGGGGACCCUCCAGUAUCAUGCUCUCCCCACGGUCACCAAGCCCCACUCACCCAGACCCAGCCCAUCCCACUCCACCCCAGGAAGAAGGAUGGGCAGGUUCCUGCCCCAUAUUCUGGAUGUGGAAGCAGCACCUCCCAGAGGCUGGGUCUCUCAGGGCAGUCUCAGGCCCAAGCUCAGCCCUGUGUGCUUGGGCCACCCCUCCAGCCCUGGUUCUGACGGGGGACGCCGCCCAGGCCGAUCUCCCCCAGCCGCUGCUGCCUGUCCACUGCAAAGGCAACGCAAGGACGUGCCUGGCUUUGCGGGGUCCCAUGCUACGACCUCAGGUGUUUUUGAAUAAUCAUUGCUCAAAGAUGGGCACCACACCCCCAAGAAAUCCUUCGAAAUGGAUCCUCCCACCUGGGGAAGCUGCACGGGAAGCAGUGAGACUCAAAGCCACUAGAAAAUGUACAGAGAGGAAGGCAGAACCUUGGGAAGGCCAACUUCUAAUUCCUAAAAGCCUCGGACACGAAAGGCUCAAAGCCUGAGCGC